AUGAACGCACGCUCCGAUCCAGACCAGAACCAGACAAUUCGCAAUGAAGCACACGCGGACGAGAACGAUGCCUCACCGGCAUGUAGGUUCGGUGCAUGCAAAAGAGCGCAAAGCGCAAUCCGGCUGUUCCAAAGAACUGCCGUAUCAGUGGCGUGUCCAGAAGAGGUAGAGACUGUGCAGUACAUCGCUCAGGUGCACGCGGAGGAUGGGCAGCAGGCGAGUUAUAAUCUCAGGAAUCGCACUUGUCCCGACGCCGAGGAGGAGACUCAAGUGCUGGUGAAGUCGACGCAAUCGGCAACAUCCAUUCAGUGGAACAUCUUUCGGUCACAGCUGGCCAAACUGCCCAAACUUGAUGCUGACAAGCCCGCUGCAAUGUCCGCUCGCGCCCGCUGUCAGUCUAAGCUGACAGAUCCUGAAGACGGGCUGAGGAACGUCCCCAAUAAGCAACUCCUGGAGUUAGAGGAGAUGUUAUUAGAAUCCAACCAGGAGAAGGAGAUGGCGAAACAAGCUAGCGCCUGUUUCCCUCCGGCCGUGCAGGGGCAAGGGUUGGCGGGGCAGACAAGGGGCAUGUGUGGGAAAAGGUUUGUGUACGGCUGCACAUGUGGACGGGUGCAGCUGGUGCUGCUGUGUCAAGCGGCAACCAGUGCGCGCAUUGCCAAGUACUGGUCGUGCGGGUGGCUGUGCGAGCCAUUUGACGAGGCCGAUGAGGGCCUACUGCACCAGCCUGCUGGGGCGACGGAGCCGAGCAUGGGUGGCAAUGUCAUUGUUGUCCGUCCCACGGCCUGUUUGAUGUCAGACCUGCUACAGGUCGCACUACGGCUGAUGACAUUGUGGGAGGCAGCUUCCGAUGCAGAAUGGUGUCGAGGCAACGUGGCCUUGAGUGUGGUACAUGCCAUGACGGGAGCCAUGAUGCAGCUGCCACACAUGAAAUGGUUGUACAUGACGUUUAGGUGCACAGCGCCACGUUGCCUCGACACCAUUCUGCAUUGGAAGCUGCCUCCCACAAUGUCAUCAGCCGUAGUGCGACCUGUAGCAGCAGGCUGGUGCAGUAGGCCCUCAUCGGCCUCGUCAAAUGGCUCGCACAGCCACCCGCACGACCAGUACUUGGCAAUGCGCGCACUGGUUGCCGCUUGA